AUGAAUAAAGUUGAUAAUUAAACUUUAUAAGAAGAGAGCUUGCUUCGAAUCAAUACAUCCACCUAAAGAAUAGGAACCUUACGAACCUAUUUAUUUAUAUGGAUAUACAAUAUAUUUAAAGUAUUCAUCCAAUAUUAAAUAAAUUUUAGCAAGGAUCAAAAUAACCUCUCUCUCAAAAAUAAAUUCCUAAAGUUCUUAAAGAAUACUCAUCACAAACUAGCUAUAAAACAUUUAUUAAAUCUUAUGAACUUAAUUCAGAUCUAAGAUAAUCAUUAUGGAUUUCCUUCAGAUGUAAAUAUUGUUUAAUAUUCUAGUUCACAUCAUCCUUAAUUGCUUAUUAUAUUUAUUUACUUGCACACUAUAAUUAAUAUUACCUUUUAUGAUGAGCAAAGCCUAAAGUUAUUUUGUUGAUCCAAAUAGAAUCUACACCACAAAAAAUAUCCUUGUUUUUGCUUUUCUGCAAUUGCUUUAUUAUAUUAUUCUUUCAAUAUUUUAACCAAUAUAACAAUUUUUGUAGUCUCUAGUUUCAAUUAAAGUUUAAGGAGCAUUACAAAUUAAAUUGAUGGAUCAUACACUAAAAUUUCCAUUAUAACGUUCAUCAAAGUACAAUCCUGGUGAUUUAAUUAAUAUGCUUUAAGUUGAUGUUUUAUAAUCAUCUAACUAUUUCAUCAACAAAUUUCAAGUUUAUUUAGUACCAUAUUAACUUUUGGGAGCAUUUUUUAUUUUUUACAUAACUGUUAAAGACAAUAGUUUGCCUCCUGCAAUAGGUGUUUUAAUUUAAGCAACUUUUGGAGUAGCUUUUGGUUAUUAUUUUGGAAUAAUUCAAAAUAAAUUUAUGCAUGCCAAAGAUGAAAGAAUGAGUGGAGUAGAUGAAGCAUUAUUAUAAAUCAAAUAAAUCAAAUUCAAUUGUUAUGAAUAAUAUUUCGAAAAGAGGAUUGAACAAUUAAGAGCUAAAGAAUUAAAAUUUUUAAAGUAAUAAGUACUUCUCUUAAUUUUUAUUUAAUUUAUGUAAAAUAUUUUAAGUUUUGCUACUUGGGAAUGUACUUUCUAUUUUGCUGAUUUUAUUACUUUUGCAAUUACAACUGUCAUAAUGUAAAAUUCAAGUUAAUUGAUGUAUCUUUUGUAAGCGUUUCCUAAUUAAUUAAAAAAUUAUUAUGCUUCAAUAAACUCUAUCACUAGAAUAACAUAAUUUCUAAGAGAAAAUUAAAUUUCUUAAUGGAAUAGUGAUGAUGACAAAAUUCAUGAUAUUAAAAUAGAUGGAAUAUUUGAUUGGAAAUAGAUUGAUGAAAACUAAUAUCUGAAACAAAAUUCUUAAUUCAAUUUAAAAUUAAAUGUUACCAAAGGUUAAUAUAUUGUUAUUGUAGGAAAGUAUUUAUUAUUCAUUUUGAUUUAGUUCUGCAUCAGGUAAAUCUACAAUUCUAAAGUCAAUCUUAAACGAAACUAAUUGUGUAUCUGGGUAAAUUAUUAUUAAUGGAAGAAUUAGUUUAGCAAUGUAAGAACCAUGGAUUCUGAGUGAUACAAUAAAGAAUAAUAUAAUUUAUAUGAAUAAAUUUGAUGAAAUAAGAUAUAAAAAAGUAAUUCAUGCAUGUGCAUUGGAAGAAGAUAUAAGUUAAUUUAUUAAUAAGGAUUUCACUCAAUUAAGUGAAAAAGGGGAUAACUUGUCAGGAGGUUAAUAAAAAAGAAUCAAUUUAGCCAGAGCUAUUUAUAAAGAAGCAGAUAUAUAUUUGUUUGAUGAUCCUUUAAGUGCUUUGGAUAUUAAAGUUAAAUGCCAUAUAUAUAAAGAAUGCUUCCUAAAAUUCCUAAAUGGUAAAACAAGAAUAUUAUUUACAAAUUAAUUAACAAAUUUAUAAGGAGUUGAUUAAGUCUAUUUGUUAUAAAAUGAUAGAUUAAUACCAUACAAUCAUUAAUUAAAAAUUGAGGAAGAAAAAUUAAAUUUGAUUGAUAUAGAAUUUGAAAACAAUCAUUUUUUAGAUAAAGAACUUUCAUCAAAAGCUUCAUUCACUUUAAUCAAUGAAGAUUAAAGAGUUGGUAAUCUAGAUAAAAAAGUUAUAAAAACUAUUUUUAAAUUUUAAGGAGGUAUUUGGGCAAUAUUAGCUAUUGUUACUUAUUUUAGCAUACUGAUGAUAUUAUCAACUCUAUCAAGCAAAAUUUUAUCGAAUCCUUAAUUAGAGGCAGAUGAAUUUAGAAUGGUUGCUUUAAAGAAUUUUCCAAUCUUUAAUAUCCCAAUAUAUAUUGCAAUUAUCUCUAUAACUGGUUAUUUCUUAUUGAUUGGGAUAAAAACUAGCUCUAUUAUUCAUAAAAAUAUCUUUGCUUCUUUAAUGAAAGCUUCGUUUACUUAAUUCUAUAAUUAAAUUUUAAUAGGUAGACUUAUGAAUAGAUUAAGUAAAGAUAUUUACAAUAUAGAUAUGUUAUUCCCAAAUUAAAUAUAUAAUCUAAGCAUAUAAUUUACAAAUUUAAUAAUGCCACUAAUUACAAGCUUAAUAUUUUUAAAUUACAUAGCAUACCCAAUAGUCUUGAUUUUUGUAAUAACACUCCUUAUUUUUACAAUAUCCUAUUACAAAUGUUUAACAGAAAUGACUCGUAUUGAAUCAGUUUCAAAGAGUCCUGUAUUUGCAUAUUAUCAAUAAAUAGUAAGAGGACUUUUAUUUGUUCGAUCAUGUUUACCUAAGAAACUUGUAAUUUAAAAUCUUCAGAAUUAUGUUGAUUUAGAUUUAGGAAAUUAAAUGUAUUUAGCAGGACUUCAAUAAUGGUUUUCUUAGACUUCUAGUAUUAUAACAAAUAUAUUUUAAACUAUCUUAUUUAUAGUAUGUCUUCUCUUUCCAAAUGAAAAUCCAGCUAUGACUUAUUUAAUUGUUAUUUAGAUGUCUAAUGUAUCAUAAUUAUUAGUCUCAGUAGCUGUGAGUUAUGGUAAUUUAUUAAUGUAUUCAAUAUCAUUUGAAAGAUGCUUACAUUUAUCUAAUGACAUUGAAUAUGAUGAUUAUCAAAAUGGUAUUAGAAGUAAUACCAAAAGUACUGGAACAAUUACUCUAUCUAAUGCAUCAUUUCAAUACCCUAAUAAUUAGAAAGAUGUAUUAUCUAAUAUUACUUUAUAAAUUUAAUCUGGUUAAAAAAUUGGAAUAGUAGGUAGAACAGGUGCAGGUAAAAGUUCAAUAAUAAUGGCAUUGUUGAGAAUGAUUCAUUAAACAAAUGGUAAUGUAUAUAUUGAUUAAACUGAUCUUAAUGAUUACAUUUUAUAAGAAUUAAGAUUAAAAUUUAGUGUAAUACCUUAAGAAGCAUUGAUAUAUAAGGGAACCUUAAAAGAAAAUCUUGAUCCUUAUGGAUUUGCCGAUAUUUCAUUAUUGGAAAAAGUUUGUUUAACUUGUUAACUAUAUUCUAUGAAAUCUUUCUAAGAUUAUAAAUUAAAUACAUAAAUUUCAUAAAACGGUUGCAAUCUUAGUUUAGGAGAAAAAUAACUCAUUACAAUUGCAAGAUGUAUGAUUGAGAAUCGUUAAAUCAUAUUGGUUGAUGAGGCUACUGCUAAUAUAGACAAUCCUACUGAAGAAUUAAUCAAAAAUGUAAAUUACUUUAUUAUUUUAGAUUUUUAAACUUCAUUUUAAAAAUUAAACUAUGAUUACUAUUGCUCACAAAGUUUCAACUAUUAUGGAAUCUGAUAAAAUUGUUGUUUUAAGUGCAGGGUAAAUUAUCGAAUUUGAUAAUCCAAAUAAUCUCCUAAAACUACCUAAUAGUGAAUUUAGGCAAAUUGUUGAUUUAAUAAAUAAAAAUUUAUGA